UUAAAUUUUAUUGGUAACUACAAUUCCCUCUUCCCACCCUCCCUUCCUCUCUUUCUCUCUCUCUCUAUAGAGCAAGCACAGAGACAUUUGCAGCUCAGGGCAAAAAUGAGUUCACCAGUUUUACAGGGUUUCACAAAAUCCCUUGCUAUGACUGUGGUUUCUGAAAUUGGUGACCGAACAUUUUGCAUUGCCGCUAUCUUAGCCAUGCGUCACCCAAGAAAGAGCGUCUUGUUUGGCUGCCUGUCUUCUGUGAUUGUGACUACUAUUCUCUCUGCUUUGGUUGGUUGGGCUGCUCCUAGUCUGAUUUCCAAGGAAUGGGCUCAUUACAUAACAACCUUUCUGUUCUUUGGGUUUGGACUCUGGUCUUUGUGGGAAGCAUACAAUGAAGACGACGAUGACAACGAUGAACUGAAGCACGUUGAAAAGCAAUUGAACGCUGAUACGAAGGCCAAAACUGGAAAAGCCAAAUCAGAUGGCAAGAAGGGAGAGGAUAAGGAUUUCAAAAAGCAAAAGCGGGCAUUUCUUAACUGCUUUUUCUCACCAGUUUUUUUGAAGGCGUUUUCUGUUACAUUUUUUGGUGAAUGGGGCGACAAGAGCCAGCUUGCUACGAUCAGUUUGGCAGCAGAUGAGGAUGCUUUAGCGGUGAUUCUUGGUGGAAUUACUGCGCAAACAUUGUGUACUGUUGCAGCAGUUAUUGGUGGAAAGAGCUUGGCAUCUCGGAUAUCAGAAAGGCUGGUCACACUUUUGAGCGGAAUCCUUUUCUUGGCUUUUGGCGUCCUAUCCUUACUCUCACCGGUAGACUAAUAAUGAGUUGCACCGCAAACAGUGAGUGCCUAAAACACCUGAACCCGUAAACUCAUAGUCUAUGCAAUGUUUUGUUGGAUGUGUUGUGUAUAUUUAACUCUCUUUAGACCUUGUAUUGGUGGGGAAUAUUGUACACUGUAAUAUUUAUAUUUGUCUGUACUUUUGGUCAUGGAGGUACCAACGGUGUAGUAUUUGUUUGAUUUUGAAAAACUUGAAAGGAUGUAUUACACCAGAGGUCAUUGAA